CAGGGUUCACUGCUGCACGUGUUUAAAACAACAUGGCGGCGCCCUGAACAUCUGAGGGAGAAGUGGAAUAGAAAGUAAAAAUCAGAAGAAUUAUGGCAGACGUAAGUGGCGGCCCAGUGGUUGAUACCCCCGCCUCAAUGGAGGAGAAGCCUGUUGACGACGCCCCCCAGGACUCAAACAAAGAUGAAGGAAAAGCUGAAGGGGAGAACGAGGAAAGCUUGGACCCCGAGAUGUACCGCUACAUCAAAGAAGACCUCUUCACAUCGGAGAUCUACAAAGUGGAGAUCAGGAAUCUCCCGAAGUUCACCGGCUUCAACGACCUGAAGAAGUUCCUGGCCAAACACGGCCUCAACCCGCACAAAAUCAAGCUGUUCGGCAAGCAGACGUUCGCCUUCGUCACCUUCAAGAACGAGGAGGAGCGCGACAAGGCCAUGAAGAUGGUGCACGGCAUGCAGUGGAAGAGCCAGGUGCUGAGCGUGCGGCUGGCCAAACCCAAAGCAGACCCCAUCCUGAGGAAGAGGAAGCAGGAGGAGGAGGAAGGUGCAUCGGGGCAGCCUUCAUCAAAGCGUACGGAGGGGGUGGAGGAGGAGGAAGAGGAGCCGCUCAGCGUGCAGAUCGCCAACGUGGUGACGCCGCUGUGGAACGUCCCGUACGAGGAGCAGCUGAAGAGGAAGGAGCAGGAGGUGGUGGGGGUCCUGCAGAGACUCGCCAAAGAGAUCGGCAGCACCAACAAAGCCCUGCUGCCGUGGCUGUUUGCGCAGAAAGGGAAAUACAACAGGAUGUGUUGCUCUCUGGAAGCUAUCCGGCCGUCUCCCGUACAGACGGAGUACAGAAACAAGUGUGAGUUCCUCAUCUCGAUGGGAGCAGACGGGGUGGAUAAGACCAUCGGUUUCCGCAUGGGGAAGUAUAAAGGGGGCUCGUGUGCCGUGGUGGGGCCGGGCGAGACCACCCACGUCUCCGCAGAGGCCAAGAGGGUGGUCAGCGCCUUCCAGAAGUUCAUCAGGACAACACCGUACUCUGUGUACAGCCCUGAAACAUAUGAAGGGCACUGGAAGCAGCUCACUGUCAGGACUACCAGGACCAAACAAGCCAUGGCUAUGGCUUUCUUCAAUCCACAGAAACUUGAUGAAGAGGAAGUGGGUGCAUUAAAGAACUCCAUGAAGACGUACUUCACAGAAGGAGAGGGGAAGGACAGCGGAGUAACGUCUCUCUACUUCAUUAGAGAGGGUCAAAGGACUUCUCCUACCCUGGAGGGCUUGCCCUGUGAGCUGGUGUCCGGAGAGGGCAGCAUCCACGAGGAGAUGCUGGGUCUGAAGUUCAGGAUAUCUCCUCACUCCUUCUUCCAGGUGAACACAGGCGCUGCGGAGGUGUUGUACUCUGCGGUGGGGGAGUGGGCUCAGCUGAGCGAGGACAGCACGGUGCUGGACGUCUGCUGCGGGACGGGAACCAUCGGCAUCUCUCUGGCCAAGAGAGUAAAGAAGGUUAUCGGGAUCGAAAUGUGUCAGGAAGCUGUGGAGGACGCCAAGGUUAAUGCAAAGCUCAACGGUCUGAGUAAUAUUGAGUUUCACUGUGGGAAAGCUGAGGACGUGUUCCCCAACAUCCUCAAUGCUCUGGUGUCGCCCAACCUCACCGCCAUAGUGGAUCCUCCGAGGGCCGGCCUCCAUUCCAAGGUGAUUCUUGCCAUCAGGAGGGCGGAGCACCUGAAGAGGCUGGUGUACGUAGCAUGCAAUGCUAAAGCUGCCAUGAACAACUUCAUCGAUCUGUGCAGAGCUCCGUCUAAAAGAGUUCACGGCGCUGCUUUCCGCCCGGUGCGAGCGAUGGCCGUGGAUCUGUUCCCUCAGACGAUGCACCUGGAGAUGCUGCUGUUGCUGGAGAGGGUGGACUACGACGCCAAGCAAUGAGCGACAGACACACUUACCUUCAGAGGGGCCCGGCCUUUGAUAGGUAGCAUGGGGGUCUCCAUACUUUAAGUGUAUGCAAACAGCACUCAACAGUUUUUUUUCUAGUAAUCUGCAGGAUCUUAUAGUCUUAGAUUCAAGGGUCUGUGCAUCCACAUAAUACAUUUUCACCAGUCCUUUUGUUUCGUAACAAUAGCUUGUGCAUGAAAUCAUCGGUUAGUGUUAAUACAGAAUGCAUUGCACUGUAUUUGCUUAACUGAACAAUAUGGACUAUAAUGUCUGCUUGCUAAUGCUAUGCUAAUUUUAUAAGCUUUCAAAACUAGAUUUAAAGAAAACUGAGAUUGACAUUGUUUUUUGAUACUUUGUUAAACUGCGAAGGACAAUGCCCCAGUACAAUGGAAAAAGUAGCACCACAGUUUACUUCCUGUUGAGUGUUUCAUCAGUCUGCGUCUGAAUUAAAAGCUCUUCCAGUCA